GCAAUUCUUAAUUGUGUCGUGCUGAGUUUUUUUUUUUUUUUUUUUUUUCGGAGCAUCGUGUUGAGGUCGAUCAGUCGGUAUCGCAACGCAGGCAGAAUCCAUUGUUUGAUUUCUGCGUCUGCUAGCUGAAAGCGGCUCCUCAUCACAAGGCCUCGGAAAGGCGACAGCCAUUUUAGCUAUCGUUAACUAGCCAUUAGCUACCUUUAGCUUCCGGGCGUCGAACAAAUAUCUGAUGUCGAACGAUUCAGCCAUGCAUCGUGACUGUCCUCUGGACUGCAAAGUCUAUGUCGGUAAUCUUGGCAACAAUGGAAACAAGACAGAGUUAGAGAGGUCUUUUGGAUACUACGGUCCUCUCCGCAGUGUCUGGGUUGCCAGGAACCCUCCAGGUUUUGCCUUUGUAGAAUUCGAAGAUCCCAGAGAUGCAACUGAUGCAGUGCGUGAGCUUGAUGGAAGGACGUUGUGUGGUUGCCGGGUCCGAGUGGAGCUGUCCAACGGUGAGAAACGCAGUCGCACCCGCGGGGCUCCCCCUUCGUGGGGCAGGCGCCCCAGAGACCGUGAUGACUACAGGCGUCGUAGCCCACCAGCCAGGCGAAGAUCCCCACGCAGGAGGAGCUUCAGUCGCAGCCGAAGCAGGUCUUUCUCCAGAGACAGGAGGAGGGAGAGGUCCCUCUCUAGGGACAGGAACCAUAAACCUUCGAGGUCCUUCUCACGAUCAAGGAGCCGCUCUCGUUCCACUGACAGAAAGUAGACAGAGGUCUGUCAGGUGUAAAGCGAGCUGAAGAUGAACGGUUGUAGGACCGUUUCAUAUGAUGGACUUCAACAUGGCCAACAUGGUCAUUUUUGUGUUGGAAUUUUUAAACAAUCAUACAUUUUAGUGUCCCUCCCCCUUGUUAUGGUAAUUUUCAAAUCCAUUGAGUGGGUGUGUACAGGUGUAAUGCCUUGCCUCAGUCAAGUCCAUCUUGUCAGUCCUGAGACAGUUGUGCCACCCAGCAUUCCAGUUCACCGGUUAAUCUCUUAAGAGCUUUGUUUUUUGUCAAUGAAUGUACUGUGUAGUUUGACUUAGUGUGAGUUGUUCCUUAUUUUCAUUGUGUAAACGCCAGCAUUUUUUUUUUUUUUUUUUUUAAGGAAGGGUUGGGAUGAUUUGUAAGAAAGUUUCUCUUUUUGAUUGUCUGUAAAGCCAACCUAUUUUCAACGUGCUUCUUUCUUACUUCAUACUGAAGGGUUCCAUCUGUUAAUGGUUGGAUGUUUGUAAUAAACGCACCCCUCACCUCUUUCAAAAUGCAAAGCUAUGGCAUUUAUUUAAAAGGUGUGAUGAACACAAGUUAAAUUUUUGUCUAUGAAGUUUUCCAUUAUUUUUCAUUUGUUUGAUACGAUGUGAAAUGGUCUCAAAUAAAAUACAGUUGAUAAAAAAAAAA